AUGACAGAUGAUGAUAUUCAGAUGCUGCUUCAUGAAGCAGAGAGCCGGCUUCGAGCUCCUGGAUCGAGACCAACCCAGAAUUCAGAGCUCCAGAUGUCUAAUGGGAAUGAAAAAAAAGAUACAUCUUUAAUUCCGAAGUUAUCAGCGAAUCAUUCCUUGCAACCAUACGUACAUGAAACAAAUGAAGUUGCUACGAUCGAUCCUUCUUGUAUGGUUGAUUCCCGACAAAAAGACAUGUCCAAUUUCGAUCCAACCAAGACAAGGACGUUGGACACUUCAGGAAAGAAGAAGGAUAAAUCCACAGCGGGGGAAGCUUGGUUCAAUCUUCCAAAAACAGAAAUGACACCAGAGUUGAAGAGGGAUUUGCAGCUCCUUCGGAUGCGUUCAGUUCUAGACCCAAAAAGACAUUACAAGAAAGAAGGGAAAACGAAACCUCCGGAGUUCUCCCAAGUGGGAACGAUAGUCGAAGGACCAACCGAGUUUUUCAGUGGACGUAUCGCAAAGAGAGAUCGCAAGAGAACCUUCGUGGAAGAGGCUAUGGCUACGGAGCGUGAAACAAGACGCUUCAAAUCCAAAUACAACGACAUACAGACCACGAAGCGAAGCGGCAAAAAAGCAUUUUACAAAGAUCUACGGUCGAAGAGGGGCCGUGAAAACAAGUGA